AUGUGCAUAAGCUGUGCUAAGCUCGCCCCUCUGCCGGACGACGGCAUCCCCGACCCGCGGUCGACAAUGCAAUGGGUACCUGAAACGACACUCAGAUCGGUUCUGGAAUUAUCGUGGCCAAAACAAGACAUUUUCGAGCUUGAUGUCAAUAUUGAAGGUUAUAAUAAUAUCGCCGAGAGCGUUGUGAACCUGCUCCGCAAUAUGGGGACGAACACCGGCCCGACUCAGACACCCGGCGGACCCGACGACAAUAUAACCACCCCUGCGAACAUCGACAUACCACGUGUGCCUGUGAAGGUGGGUCAGAACUAUGAGUACGAUCCCUUGGAAUUGAGCGAAUCUCUAGACCCACGAGAGCACAAGUUCAGAUUGCUUCGCAUAUCCAAUAACGCGGAAGGGCCUGUCCACGGGACCCUGGAGUCGUACACCAUUGGGCAGGUGCCGGAAUAUGAAGCUCUGUCCUACACGUGGUCAGCCGGACCUGAGGAGCUCGCAGAUGGUAACAGGCAUGGUGGGAGACCUCUGUUCCUAGGGGAGAACUUCCGACGGCUUGCCGUGACUAAGAAUUGCGAAGCAGCGUUGAAGAUACUCCGCCAGAAGAAGAAGGAACUUGUCUGGAUAGAUGCCAUCUGUAUCAAUCAGGGUGACGGCUCUGAGAAGACAUACCAAAUUGGUCUUAUGCACCAUAUCUACGCCUCCGCAAAGAAGGUAUUGGUCUACCUUGGGCCCUCCUUGAAGGUUAACUUGGAGGAUCUGGCGCUUAAUCUGCUUAAGAAGGAUCCCAAGGAGUUCGAUGGCAGGCUAAAUGAUGAACACUGCGUACAGGCGCUACGACACCUCUUCUCCAAGCCCUACUUCUCGCGCAUCUGGGUCGUCCAAGAAGUCGUCCUCGCAAGGACCGCGGUGGUCUUUUGUGGAAAUAAGGAGAUAGAAUGGCAUCACAUCCAGAGCAAGUGCGACAAGAACACGGGCGACCUGGGGAGUAUGGACAAGAUCAACAUGCCUACCUGGAUUCAGAAUAUCGGCAGGGUGAAAAAUAUCAUAAAGCCGUACGAUCUGGGAGACUGGAUAUUUAGUGGUAUGCGUAGCCAUGCGUCUGACGCGAGAGACAAGGUCUUUGCAUUCUUCGGGAUGGCCGAGAACCCCGUAGGAUUGGGGCUGUCUGCAAACUAUAAUCUCUCCGUGGAGCAGGUGUAUACUGGCAUAGCGGCAUAUCUGAUCGGCGAGGGCCGUGUCUGGGAUAUUCUGAACCGGGCAGUGUGUGAUCGGAAGGAUGAAGUCGACGACAUACACCUAGACCUUCCAUCCUGGGUUCCGGAUUUCCGCCAUGCGGCGCCAGUGCCCCUUCAGCACUGGCUCGCGGAGAUCAAUCCUGAGUUUCAACCACGGCUUCAACCACGGCUUGACACGCCCGCUACGCCUGCUACGCCCGCUACGCCUGCUACGCCCGCACGGGUCCUACAGAAGACAGGCUCGUUGGUGAUCUCCGGUCACAGGCUACUGAACUUGCCUGGAGCAAAACAACCGUCAGAGGGCCGUCAUCUCCUGGAAAUUUACCAGGUGAAAUACCAGGUGAAAAUCCGCUUUUUCUUAGAAGCACCAUUUCAGGAAAAGGAUCACAUAUUUUUUCCGCGACUGCAGGAUAGCGGGAAAACUCUGUCAUUAGGCCACUUGGCGGGAGGCAUUGUGUUCCCUCGACCGCCGGACGACUCAACAGUCUUACUUCAUGUCCGGGAAACCGAUUCUCCCUACGCUUUCACGCUCAUUGGAAGGUGUAUCUUCCAGAUGGACGGCGCCAACCUCCCAGCCCUCUCGUUCCCUGGCAACUCGAUUGCGGAUGAUAUGCUCCCUCUCACAGAGCACGACUUCGAUAUCCUCUGGACGGUGUAUCAGUAUUUGGUGUCCAUUCGGAGCAAUAUCGCCGUUCUCCGUUCAUCCAUAUUGAGCAAACAACAGAACCCCUGUGAUAGCAAGACUGCGUGGAGGGACUAUGAGACACUACGCGCCUCUCCCCCUAGGGAAUUGCAAAUGACAGAACCUAGAUAUAUCACGGCAUUCCGAGGGUUCUGGGAAGAUGAUCAAAGCUACAGGGUAGAAAUAUGGUCAAAUUGGGUAAUGGUCAGGCGCCUCGCAGCGUGGGUAGAUAUAUACAAAACCAUCGAGGACAAAUAUCAACGCGAAGUCUAUCUCGAUCUCUUUGGGAGGUGGAAGAAUUCAGCGGCCGGAGCCAGGAGCGCGACACAGCGGCUCCUUGACGAGACGCAAGAUCCUCUGGACGAGAAGCGCAAGGAUGCCAUUCGACAAAUUAAGAGCUGGAAAGAUUCCACGGUGGAACUGCUGAAGUAUAUUUGCUAUGAGGAAUAUUUCGUCUACCCCGGCAGGCUCCCCGGCAGGCUCCCCGGCAGGCUCCUCGACGUGAACUUCGAGUCACACCUCUACCCUACACCCGAAUACGACAGACGCUAUGAACCGAUCACAGAGGACUAUCCGCCGGAAGACGGUUUCAUCAUGUACUUGCAUGAAAUAAACCGCAGGCACGGUUUUCCCGCACGAGUUGGCUACCUUGGUGACAUGGAAGAUGUAGAACAAAUGUUCCGCGGGAUGUGGCGCACCCUGGAGUGCGGUGGUGAGAAUCUCAAGAAAUUCUGUCGCCAGCCGGGAAGGGAGAGCCAGGAUUGUGUGCAGGCCCUUCUGGGUGACUGGACACACGUGCAGGACUGGUUGCAGCAGUUCGAAGCACUGGGCAGGAUGACGGAUCAGGAACGGUCUGCAUUGAAGGAGGUCCACGACCUUGAGAUGGGCCUAUGUAAACUUGGUGAGCUGAGAAGGAGCCUUGGUUUAGGAAUGGGGAAGGAGGAGACACUCGUUAUUAUUUGA